CGUGCAGGGCUGAGGCGGCGGGAGGGGGCUGGGCCACCCCCGUGGGGGAGCGGGAGCGGGGGCAGCCCCGCUGGUGGGCGGGCCUGGAGGGCUCCUCUCCCCGUCCCGGCUGCAGGCCUGCCGGGCGCGUCACGGGUGGCCUGGCCUUCUGGUCUGUAGGGAAGCGGCGCGAGCGGGCGGUGUGAUGGGUCCUGGCUCCUGCUCCCGCGGCCGGUUGGUGCUCGUUUCCUGACCCCUGCGCUUUGGUGAAGCGGAAAGUGAGCGUUAAGGUCUUCAGUAUGGUGUAAAGAUAAUCUUUCCCAUAAAAUCUGGACCGUAAACAUCCUUAGGCAUGUAGACGGUGUUUGGUUCUGCCAAAAUGGAGCUGAGUGAUGCCAAUUUACAGACCUUAACCGAGUAUCUGAAGAAAACACUAGAUCCAGAUCCUGCUAUAAGGCGUCCUGCGGAAAAGUUUCUUGAGUCAGUUGAAGGAAGCCAGAAUUAUCCAUUGUUGCUCUUAACGCUGCUGGAGAAAUCACAGGAAAAUGUCAUCAAAGUUUGUGCAUCUGUAACUUUCAAGAACUAUAUUAAAAGGAACUGGAGAAUUGUUGAGGAUGAACCGAACAAAAUAUGUGAAUCAGACAGGAUAGCCAUUAAAGCCAACAUAGUGCCCUUGAUGCUUAGCAGCCCAGAACAAAUUCAAAAGCAGUUAAGUGAUGCUAUUAGUAUUAUUGGUCGGGAAGACUUUCCUCAGAAAUGGCCAGACUUACUGACAGAAAUGGUGAAUCGCUUUCAAAGUGGAGAUUUCCACGUCAUUAACGGGGUCCUUCGCACCGCUCACUCUUUGUUUAAAAGGUACCGCCAUGAGUUUAAGUCAAAUGAAUUGUGGACAGAGAUCAAACUUGUCCUUGAUGCUUUUGCUUUGCCCUUGACAAAUCUCUUUAAGGCAACUAUUGAACUUUGCAGCACGCAUGCAAAUGAUGCUAGUGCUUUGAAGGUUCUCUUUUCUUCUCUCAUUCUAAUUGCGAAGCUGUUCUACAGUUUAAAUUUUCAGGAUCUUCCGGAGUUUUUUGAAGAUAACAUGGAAACGUGGAUGACAAAUUUUCAUAGUCUUUUAACUUUAGAUAAUAAACUUUUGCAGACUGAUGAUGAAGAGGAAGCUGGAUUACUGGAGCUCUUGAAAUCACAAAUUUGUGAUAAUGCUGCUUUAUAUGCUCAAAAAUACGAUGAAGAAUUCCAGCCCUACCUGCCACGUUUUGUAACAGCAAUCUGGAAUCUGUUAGUCACAACAGGCCAGGAAGUGAAAUAUGACUUGCUGGUUAGUAAUGCGAUCCAGUUUCUGGCCUCAGUUUGUGAGAGGCCACAUUACAAGCAUCUGUUUGAAGACCAGAACACAUUGACAAGCAUCUGUGAAAAAGUUAUUGUUCCCAAUAUGGAAUUUAGAGCGGCUGACGAAGAAGCAUUUGAAGAUAAUUCUGAAGAAUAUAUAAGAAGGGAUUUGGAAGGAUCCGAUAUUGACACCAGGCGUAGAGCAGCUUGUGAUCUAGUCAGAGGCUUGUGCAAAUUUUUUGAAGGACCUGUGACAGGGAUUUUUUCUGGAUAUGUUAAUUCUAUGCUGCAAGAAUAUGCAAAGAAUCCAUCUGUUAACUGGAAGCACAAAGAUGCAGCUAUUUACCUUGUUACGUCUUUGGCAUCCAAAGCUCAAACGCAGAAGCAUGGAAUAACACAAGCCAAUGAACUUGUUAAUCUGACAGAAUUCUUUGUGAAUCACAUUCAACCUGACUUAAAGUCUGCUAGUGUGAAUGAAUUCCCUGUGCUAAAAGCAGAUGGUAUCAAAUAUAUCAUGAUUUUUAGAAACCAAGUACCUAAAGAACAACUGUUGGUAUCUAUUCCUCUCUUAAUCAAUCAUCUUCAAGCAGAAAGUAUUGUGGUCCAUACCUAUGCAGCCCAUGCUCUUGAAAGACUGUUUACCAUGAGGGGGACAAAUAAUACUACCCUCAUUACAGCUGCAGAAAUGGCACCAUUCGUAGAAGUGCUAUUAACAAACCUUUUUAAAGCACUGACGCUUCCUGGCUCAUCUGAAAAUGAAUAUAUUAUGAAAGCCAUCAUGAGGAGUUUUUCUUUGCUACAGGAAUCCAUAAUUCCAUACAUCCCUUCUGUCAUCACACAGCUUACACAGAAACUGCUGGCUGUCAGUAAGAAUCCAAGCAAACCUCACUUUAACCAUUACAUGUUUGAAUCAAUAUGCUUGUCGAUAAGGAUAACGUGCAAAGCAAACCCUGAUGCAGUUGGAAGCUUUGAAGAGGCUUUGUUUAUGGUGUUCACUGAGAUACUACAGAAUGAUGUGCAAGAGUUCAUUCCAUAUGUGUUUCAAGUGAUGUCCCUACUUCUAGAAAUGCAUAAAAAUGAAAUCCCAUCAUCCUAUAUGGCAUUGUUUCCUCAUCUACUUCAGCCAGUAUUAUGGGAAAGGACAGGAAACAUUCCUCCUUUGGUCCGACUCCUGCAGGCUUAUUUAGAGCGGGGUGCCAAUACAAUAGCAAGUGCUGCUGCUGACAAAAUUCCUGGAUUGUUAGGUGUCUUCCAGAAGUUGAUUGCCUCUAAAGCUAAUGACCAUCAAGGAUUCUAUCUUCUAAACAGUAUUAUAGAGCAUAUGCCUCCUGAAUCAGUUGACCAGUACAGGAAGCAGAUCUUCAUUCUACUAUUCCAAAGACUUCAAAAUUCCAAAACAACAAAAUUUAUUAAAAGUUUCCUAGUCUUCAUUAACUUGUACUGCAUAAAAUAUGGAGCAUUAGCUCUCCAGGAAAUAUUUGACAGCAUACAGCCAAAGAUGUUUGGAAUGGUUUUGGAGAAAAUUAUAAUUCCUGAAAUCCAGAAAGUGUCUGGUCAAGUUGAAAAGAAAAUCUGUGCUGUUGGCAUUACAAAAAUAUUAACAGAAUGUCCUCCUAUGAUGGACACUGAGUACACCAAGCUGUGGACUCCUUUGCUGCAGGCCCUCAUUGGCCUCUUUGAACUGCCUGAGGAUGACACUAUCCCUGAUGAAGAACACUUCAUUGACAUAGAAGAUACUCCAGGAUAUCAGACUGCAUUCUCUCAGCUAGCCUUUGCUGGAAAAAAAGAACACGAUCCUGUAGGUCAAAUGGUGAACAAUCCUAGAAUCCAUCUGGCACAGUCUCUUCACAAACUGUCUACAGCAUGCCCAGGCAGGGUUCCAUCAAUGCUGAGUACUAGUCUGAAUGCAGAAGCGUUGCAGUAUCUCCAAGGAUACCUCCAAGCUGCAAGUGUGACACUGCUCUGAAUUGCAUAUAUUUCACAAGCAAGAUCAAAAGCUGCAGAAGGUUGACACUGACUUUUUUUAUAGCAGAGCUCAGACAAAAUGAAAAAUGCUACUUGAAAAUGUAUUGCAGAAUCCAUCUUGUAAAAGAUAAAUGUGGCUUUAAGCAGAAACUGAAAGAAUUUGAUGGUUUGUGUACUCAUAGAUAAAAGGUGGCUAACUUCCAUUCCCAGUUUAAUUUCAAAGGGAAUAGUUAUAGCAGUUUGUUAUGGGAUUUAUUUGAAAUCUGCAUCUGCAGUGUUUGGAUAACAUUUUGAAAUGUAUGGAGAGCACUGGCUGUAGAAACUCACUUCGGUCACUAAAAUUCCUUUUCAUUUUGAUGUUGUCCUUUGUAUUUCUUUUGUCUUUCCUUAAACUUUAUCUAAAUUGUGAAUAAAUAAGAAGUACUUGUUUAAAAUGCCUGUCAAUGUGCGCUUACUGUUUUAGAAGAAUGUAGUUGGUUCAAAAAAAGGUAAUGCUUUAAACCUAGGAUAGAAUAUAAAAUAGUGGGACUGUGAGGAUUUUCUUUAUCUUAAGUAAUAGUUUAAAUACAUUGUAGGAUCAUACAGAGCAAAUCUGAAACUUUGGCAGAAGAUCCAAAGCUAUUAGCACUCUUGAUAUUCAUCAACAGGUGCACCCCUUCUCUUUGAACAAGACAUGUCAGUAUAGUGCAGUGAAAGCAAGUAAUAUAUCCUCUUAGAGCGGGUAUCGGUCUCGAAGUGGAUUUUUAGUGAUGUAUUAAAACUGAAGCAGUGAUCUUAGAGUUAAGUUUAACUCAGAUGUUCUCCCUGGCUCCUCAUAAAUAUACUGAUUAGGUUUGGUAGCCUUGAAUUCUAAAUGCAUCAGUUUAGCUUAUAGUUAUGGCUGUUUAAGUGACUAGUUAAAUGCCUGAGCCUGCGUUCUCAGAUGGCCUGGGCACCAAACUACUAGACCAUAGGCUUUUAGAGCACUGGUACUGCAGGGAUAUAAAUAAAUCUAAUUAUAGAGACUGAAAAACUCCUAAGUAGAAGUGAAGUCUCAGACUUCUGUGAUAUCAAGCAAUUUCAUACAGGACAGAUUUUUUUUUUAGUUACUUGUCCACAGAAAUUCUGCAGAUGACUUGAAUCAGGACUGGUUUUUUGUAGUUAGAAUGCCUGUUGAAGCUGGGCCUUGUAUCAAGAAAGUUACUGAAUUUACUGAGGGUGAAACACAGGGCAGAAUCAGCUGUCUUUCAGUUCUUCCUGAGUAUCUGUGGCUGCCGUGUGAGUGCAUGCUGGCCAUACCUCUUUAUAUAUAAAGAAAUGAGUUGCUUGUUAGACAAUGGAUUUAAACUACUAAGUGCCUAAAAAUGUAUUAGAGUCAGCAUCAACAGGUUUUCUUUAAUCUGGUCUGUCAUGCAGUGUCAGACCCUCUUCGUUCAUAGGUAUGAAAUGAAAGCAGUUCUCAAGAGUGAAAUAAUACAGUGGUGAUCAUGAAAAGCAUCUGCCUUAAUGCUGAUGAGAGAGACUGUGACGUGUGUUAAAAAUUUGUCGAAGUGCCUUGCAGAAUGCAUUUCAAUAGACAGGCUGAAACCACAUGGGAGAUGUCUGACAUUUGCAAGGAACUGAAUGCCUACCUCGAAUGUCAGUGUUAAUUGAGCUGUGGUCAUUCAAAACCUGCAAGCCAAAAGGAUACUCAGAACUCUGACUGCUCUGCAGCUUUGUCUUUUUCCUUGGAUAAUAGGGAGAACAAUUCUAAAGAACUUGCAGACCUUUUUUUCCUAUCAGCCUCAAAGAACCAAAAUUAAAUUGGUACUGGUGGUCAUGUAAUUGUAAUCUGAUAUGCUACCUUUGCAUCUAUUCAAGUAGACAGCCUGUCUAGCAUACAUGCAUAAUAAUCUUGUGCUGAAAUGGGGUUCUUCAGCACUGUGCAAUAUGAAGGGGCUCAUAUUAGACCAUCUUAGUUUUGCAGUUCUAAGCAAGAUUUCUUUAGGGGACAGGUUGCUGAGAUAUGUAAGUGAACAGAUGUUUCUUAUCUCACCAGUACCAACAUAGAUGGAACUGGACAGGAUUUACAGCAACAAGUCAGAACCUUUUUGAGAGGUAGCCAAAGAAAAAUUGGCUCUCCUGAAUGGAAAAUCAUUAGUGAAUCUUGAUUUUCACUAUCUUGCACUUCCUGCAAUGUGUGACUUUUCAUUGUUGGACAGACAUUCUGUGGUGAGUAAGUGCCUAAGUGACUUCAGAUCAACAAAUACUAGUGGCAUACUUGUCCUUUAGUUCAGUCAGAGUUGAGUAACUUAGACUUUGUAGAUGUGGCUGUGGCACUGUUAGUGACAUGUUAUGUAGUCCUGACAUAUUCUGCAGAUUUCAUAAGGCAUGCAAGUGUUUAUAUAGAGCACUUACCCUUUCAGGGAAAUGAACUUUUCAAAUGUAGUGCAGGCAAGCAGAUGCAUCUCUGGUUCAGAGUACAGGCAAAUGUUAUUGGCAGUGCCCUCACCUUCAUUUACGUGAAGACCUUAUUGCUACUUCUGACACCUCCCGUUGCCAAGAUUCAGAAGGCAGCACAACGUUCCAACUAUAUUUAUCUGUUAAUUUUAGUGGAAACUGAUGCAAGCCAUGUUGUAACAGUUUUUUGCAAGAUUGCUGAACUUCUCUAGGCCACCCUUGUUAAACAGUUAGGCAAAUACCAGUUUCUACCAGCUAGAAAGCUCAGGCUGGAAACACCUGGUGUCAAUGGAUCUUCUGAGGACUUGGGACCAUCUAAUUUAAUGUUAGACAGUUAGCUCCUGCACAUCACCUGAGAUCUUCUUCUGAAACACUUCUGAAAAUAAGUAGCCAGUUCUCCCUUGCAACUGAUAAAGGUAGAAGAUUAUUCAGAUUCAAGGGGAAAAAGAUUACUUCUUCCUUUCUGAGUAUAAAGUGGGCAAAGGGACACCUCUUUUGGGAUCUUCUGACACCACAAAACUCUACUACUCUUGUCUACUGUCCUUUUUUGGACCCUACUGACUGACUUGUGGUUGUCAGCUUCUAAAUGGUCUGAGGCUUUUGUAGCAGAAGAAAUACCUUAUGGUUAGUUGAAGAAAAAAAAAAAAAAACCAAACCAAAAAAAAAACCAAAAUGCCACUGCCCUCAAGACCAGUAUGUAUUCUUGUUUUCUUGGGUUGUGAAUGGGCCACAAUACUAACAGCAUUCCUGCAAUGUUGGCAACACAUACUAAAGCGAAGUUCUGUUUCUCUAUUUCUUCAUAUAAGUAUGUGCUAAGAAAAGUUAUCCUCUCAUUAAGGCAGACAUUUAAUUCUAAAAAUUCUCUGAUGAGGCCAGAGCACAUUCUUUCUCUCAGCUGACUUCUGCUUUCUGAAAACUUGAUUUUCUUUAAGCUUUCAGUAGCUUGCUUGAAUGUGCCUUCCAUCAGGCUGCACUUCUUUGAUUGUUGCAUGUACUUUUGUACUCAUUCCAUGACCUUUCCACAAGAACAGCCUUCCUGAGAGCUGUAGUAUUGUCAAGAAGGGGUAGGCCAGAUUAAAGCUGUCAGAGCAUGUCUUUCUACUGUCACCAGCACGAGUUAACCAUAAGGCAUUGUGUGAGAUUCCUGCUCAAAGCUGAUCACAGCAAUCCAUUUGUUUACAGUUCUUCACCCUUCCCUGAAGUUCACUCGUUCUUGUACAGAAAAGGGUUACCAUUCAGCGAGCUUCCCUUUAUCAGGCCCAAGAGUGCAUGUUUCAAGCUGUCAAAAAUGCUGCUAAAAUGCUGGUGAAUCACUUCGAAAACAUUUUGACAAAACUUUGGAAGAAGUUUGCAGCACAGCAUCUAUACACCUGCACUAGCUUCGAUAAUAAAAACAGCUUGGCUGUAGCAGUAUGGAGAUUUAGGCAUCCAGCUAUAUUUGAUGGAGUAAAUUGUCUCACCUGACAAACAGAGCUGCCUCUGCCAGACUGCACACAGUAGUUCAUGGAAAGCUAGAAUGGAUACAGCUAUACCCCAUGCUCCAAAAUGGCUGGGCAGUUUGCUUGUACCAAAGCUCCUCAGUGUCAAACCUUGAUUUUUGUCUUAAAACAGCUUAAUCCUUUCUUCAUAGAAACAAUAGUAUUUCUCAAUACCUGUUACCUAUUUUGCAGAUUCCAUCAACAAAAAAAAAGCUGAGAAGUCAUGCAUGUUCUUCUAGCCUUCAGCAGAAGUAUUACAAAGACAUUUUCUCCUCUCAAGCAUUUGCUUUUAAAGUUGUGCAGUUGUUAACUGACAAAGAUAUGCUCCAGGCAUGACUUCUCUGAAAAUCUAAAUCUAUCUAUAAAUCUACCCAGCUAUGCAGGAAGUAGGAUAAAUGCUUUACUUGCCCUUAGCUUUCUAUCCUUACCUAUUUAAAUGAAGCCAUUAUUGCCUUUAAUAUAAUUUAGAGGAAAGUUGAGGUGUUCCUGGGGAAUAUGGGCUAUAAUAAUAGGUACCAGCUAACACAUGAAAAGCUCAGUGACUUCUGUUGACAGCUAGUUGCAAAGUGACGAUAGGCUUAAAAAUUUUCUCUCAAAAUAAUAAUCUUCUAAUUCACAUGAGGUCAAAGCUUAUGCUGGACUUACUGUAUUGUAUUCAAGAUGAGAAUAGAAGAAAGUACUUUAAUAAUAAAGUAAUAAAUCUUAAUGGAAAGUAAGACAUUUGUUACAAAUGAGUAACAUGUCAGAAAAGCAGAAUAAAGGGGGUUUAGCGCAUUUAGUUGAUAUAUUUAGCUUCCUAGUAAAAAGCUUUCAUUUUUAAAAGCUGUGAAGAGAAAUUCACACUGGUUUUGUGCCUGAUAUAAGGGGUAUUUUGAAGUAUUUAACAAAGAAAAUAUAUUAAUAACAUAUCAGAUUUCUACAUGAACAUCUGAAAAUACUAUAAUUACAUUAUUGCUUCCUUCAUAAAAGAAGAUGAAAGUUUCAAAUAUUUUACAAACUAUUAGCUAGAAAUAAGUCCUUGUUUAAGCUGCUGCAUAAAUAAGAGUGGAAAAUUUCUGUAACAUUUUUGAAUAAUUAAUAAUCAUACACAUAAUAAGAGGAGUAAAUAUACUCCAAAUGAAAGGACAAAUGUGUUGGAUAUUUGAGGUGGUGUGCCAAGUGUUCCUCGGACUUUUGAAUUACAUAAGUAUUUGCUUAAAUUAUGUUCAACUUCGUCAUCUGGCUGCGCUUACUUUUUGUCCCAGUCCUGCAGAUUUUACACUUAUCCAGACGUUCAUGAUUUUCUGGAAAAAGAAAACACAAAACUGAAUUUUUAAUGUAACUCAAUCUGGAAAAAAAGAAAAUUUUGUAAUUCCCUGUCUCCACCUAACUUUCUACAAAAAACCUGCACAAAUGUUUUUUCUGUUAUAGACAACAUUAAGCCUUGCAGUAAUGAUUACACAACAGUUGAAAUUUCAUUUCCUUCUGAAAUGUAACUGUUGCUGGCUUGGAGUAAUUAAAGCAUCUAACAGCACUUAUUAUUAUGCAACAGACCACAAGAACAUAUGAAUAGGUGUUUAAAUGUGAUAUGGGAUAUAUAUCUAUAUACUUAUAUACUGGAGAAUGUCUUUUAAAUGCUAUAUUGUCAAUUGAUUUUAAGUGUAUGAUGUAUUUUCUUUAUGGUAUUUUUGGAAUCCAUAUCAGUAUUAAAUACAGAAAUGGAUAUGGAGCUUUAGGUAUAUUGUUUUUUAUUUCUAAUUUGGUUUUGCUUAGAUGUUGUAGUUGUGAUUCUCCCCACUAAAUAUGAAGGCUUUUGCAUUUACUGUAGAAUUAAGUUACAUGUAUUCGGUUAGUAAAUGUUGUAGGCUGGAUGACACUUUUUUUGCUGAACAAUGGCAGAAAUUACUGACUUGCAAUUUAAUGGUGCCAUAGGGUUUAAAUGCAACCUUGUAACUUAAAAUGUAUUUUUAUCUAUUAAGAAAGAUAAAAUAUUUCUAAAACGAAAA